AUGUUCCCCUGUGGGCGGACUCAAUGCAAGACAGUCAGUUUGCUGGGACUGGAUGUGGAAUGUGGCGAAUUGGCCAACCUAUCGUACAGCAGUUACGAGAGUCAUAUCGCUGCUAAGUGUCUGGAGCAAACAAAAAGUACAAGCGUAAGGGAAAUGGUGUUGGAAAAUUGCCAGAAACGCGAGCUCCCUGAGAAUUUGGCAGCGUAUUGGAGGAGAAGCAGUGUCGAUUGCAUUUACAGUUGUCAGUACACGGAGACACCUAAUUGCUUAUCAGAAUUCGAAAUCAAUGGUUGUUGGGUGAUCAUAAUUUUAUGGUGA